UACUCCUCCUUGCCGUAAGGAGGUACUCCUCCUUGCCGUAAGGAGGUACUCCUCCUUACCUACUAAUGUGACUCAAGCACAAAUUAACACUCAUCUUUUCUUUUUCUUUUUUUAUUCUCAAAUGUACAUUUAUUUUUCACUUUAAUUAUUCUUAACAAAAGGGACAUGUGUCAGAUUGUGGCUGAGCCACAUCAGUAGGUAAGGAGAGUUCCUACUUAUGGGCAAUGAGGGAAGCAUUAUCCCAAAAAAUUGAAGAAAUUUGACAAGGGUCAAAACCCCAUUUGUUUGGAGGAGGAACUCCUACUCAGUUUUAAGAAGCCAAGCUUUUUCCAACGUUGUGUUAAUUGGUGAAACGACAUGGUAAACCCAAACCUGCAAAUUUUGGUAAACGAUCAUGUAGCUUCAGAAAUUGCUACCUCUAUUGGAAACAAAAUUAACUAAUAAAAAGAAACAAACUUUUUUACUAUUACUCUUCGAGGAUGCUCUUAGCUGACAAUCACAGUUCAAAAGGCAAAUAAAAAGAAAAGGGGAAAAGGAGAAAAGAAAAAGCUCAUCAUACUCCUUGGUAGUCCUAGAAGCAAAGAACAAUGGCAAAAGAAAUAUAUAUAAUUCCCCACUCUUUUCGAACAAUUAUUCAGUGUCAAUUAGUCUUAAUAUUAAAAUUGUUAAACGUGGGUUGGUGAAUAAUGAUAGAACUAGAGAUCAAAGCACUGAAAGAAUGGCAGGGGAUGUUGCUCAAUUUCUCCAGAAAAAGUUCCUGGCAUCUCUUAGCGAGACAGAGUCUGAAUUAUCAGGUGCUGUUCUCAUUUCUGAUUUGGGAGCAAUCAAAGAUAUUGUAAUAUCUAUAGAUACUCGAAGACUUACCGGAGAUUACUACUGUCGAUUUAUCUCUGUGCUCCUGGACCUCACCGAAGCUUUGACCAAGUGCCAGGUCUUCUCACAUGAGUGGAAGAUGCAUAGUCAUCGCAAGACUCAUUUAGCAGUCUUCAACCAUUUGAGUUUGAGGAAGAUUUGUUUCGUGUGGAAGAUGAAGAAGCGUCUGGCUGCAAUAAAACGUAUCUUCGAGGCUGAGUUUAUGAAAAAGGAAGAAAGAAUUUAUAACUUGAGGGAAUCAUCAAGUCGUCCUUAUCCUGAAGAGAAUUUAGAGAGCGAACUACCUGUAGUGGAGGGUGAAGUUGUGGGAUUUGAUGAGCAAUUAUGGAAGAUUAGGAACUUUCUUUUAAAACCAUCGCCGUCGUCAGGUGCUGGAUUUGCGGCAGUUGGGAUACUGGGCAUUGCAGGCGCAGGUAAGACCACUCUGGUGCGCGAGUUUUUGAGUUGGUGGAUAGUGCGAGGUGAAUUUUCUCCUAUAAUUUGGUUAUGCUUGUCGAAUAUAAUCAAAGAAAAUAAACAAGGAGAAGAAGAAAUUGAGGUCAGCAUUGUGAAAUGUAUGCUUAGUAAGCUGGACCAUGAUGCCGUUGUCGAUGGAGAUGACAUCAUCCAGGAGGAGGAGAAGACAAUAAGAAGUAAUAAUUCUGGUCAUCUCCUUGCUGCGCUCUUGGAAAGGCUCAACCAAGGUUUAUCAGAUAAAAGGUAUUUGAUUGUGUUGGAUGAUGUGUGGCACAUGAACGAUUUCUACUCAGAUUUAGGACAUCUACUUGAGGUUCAGGAAGUUGGGGAUCGCUUGUCGCACGGAUUGCCUAAGGGUAGUGGUGGUGCGGUCAUCGUCACUAGUAGGAUACCGGAAGUGGUUGAAGCUAUGGUGGUACCGGCGGAGGGGUCAGAUCAACAUUAUAACAGCUUGAUUAUUCGUCUUGAGCCUUUGGACAGACAAAGCUGCUGGGGUAUAUUUAAGGACACUGUUUAUGGUUAUCUUCCUGAUUUUGAAUAUCAACAACAUUUGGAAAAGGUUGAGAUUGAAAUUAAGGAUCUAUGUGAUGGUCUACCAUUGGCCGCUAGGACACUCGCAGAAAUCAUGUCCCAUAAGUCCCAUAGUUUACGGUGGACUUCUCCGCCCUACCGCAAAUCUGAGGAGUUGCUUCAAUUACCUGAUUUCUUCUUCGGUAUCCCAAUUGGCAGGAGGACUUAUCCGCCCUACCGCAAAUCUGAGGAGUUGCUUCAAUUACCUGAUUUCUCCUUCGGUAUCCCAAUGUUGGUGUUUAUUGAUAUGCGACGAGAAGAAGAACUGAUUUAUAAAUUUGGCAACCACCUUUAUAGCGACCAGGUUUUUGGUGUACUACUGGAAGAACCAAAUAUGUAUAAUAAUCCUGAGACGGUGUUAAAGGAUGUUUAUGGUACUCUAGAAAAGCUUAAGCAAAAUGGUUAUUAUGGUUUUGCUUCUGAAAUUCAAAAGAAGAUGAGGAUUAUAGUUGUUGGCGAAGAUUAUGUUGUAAAUUGGAUUUUGGGAGUUAUCUGUGAUCUUAAAUUGCCAGAGUCACCCUCCAUUGCUCCGGUACCACCACCGACUUCAAAAUGGGGCUCGAACUGGUACAAUGAGCACCAAUAUGGAAUCGCUGCUUCGUUUGGAUGGAAGAAAAUUUCAAAUAUAUCACCGCUGCGAUCGUACCUUGUUGACGUAGCACUGGCAAAACCGAUGAGAAUUGACAGGUGCCAUGAGAGUUUGAACCUAAAACCAUCCAGUAUACAAGUCAAUGUCAUUUUUCCACUAAGCUGGCAUUGUCUCAUUAGGAUGAAACACACUCAAUCUUCUACAAGUCAACAAGAAAAACCAUAUUCUUCUUUUAUGGACCAAUUACCACAUUAUUUGCAUGAGGUUGGAGAUGUUGGAAAAGCGGAUAAUCCAAUAUUACACGGACGAUUUUGGUACUACUUAAUGUUGGCUGAAGUUCCUUAUGCGAUGGAGAUCCUACUUUUUAGGGAUUUCUGGAACUGGGACGACCUAACCUCAGUUGCAAUAGUAAAGGUGUUGAAUCAUCUUGGCCAGUGGGAAAUACUUCACAUUCCUGGAAGAAUGAAUUCAAUUUGUUGUCUUAACUUACCUAUCUUUGGUCCAAGAGAUGAUCGUUGGGUGACAAUAAAUACGAUGGAAGAUGGAAAAACACCCACGAACCUAUCUUUCAUAGACGAUAGAUGCCUCAAAGUUAUCGGUUCCAUAAAGCGAUAUUCGGACGAUGGCAGAGACCGGACUCUCCUUGAUCAGGUACGAGGAAUUCGCUUCGAGUUUAUUAAGGGUGCAGAAGGGUAUGCGAGAAUAACUAUUGAUGGAGCACCAGAGUUUGAUAUCCCUACUGAUGAAUUGGCUGAGAUUGAAAUCUCUUACCACGGUCAAGUCAACAUUCUUGCCGGUCCAAAUUGCCCAGCAAAAAGUAUCCAUCUCUCCUCACAAUCCAGUGUUUCCCAAGCUAACGCUAAGGAUUAGUCUGAAAGACGUAAGAAAUUUAAUGCAACAGCAGCAAGUCUAGGCUUGAGUUUGCUUGAUUGAUUGAUGCUCGCUGCUUUAACUCAUCAGUUUGAGAUUAUUCAGUUUUUAGCGCACACUUUCAAAAUCCCCUGCUUUAACUCAUCCUAUAUAUCUUUCUUUAUAUUUUAGUUUCUCCAACUCUCCUUGAAGUUGUGGAUGUGAAGAAACAGACUAGUGAAGUAUUUACGUUGUGUUGUGACUUUGGCAUAUAUGAUAUAUCCUGCCAAGCUUAGCCAAGCAGAGCAUAACAUGAAUAUAUUUUAUUUAUUUA